UCUGAGCUAUCGAGAAAGACUGUGCACGGAUGUAAACAUUUUAAAUUUAAAUUAGUAGUAGGUAGAAAAAAUAUUAUUUUCAAAAAAAACCGCUAAAAAACAGUUAAGUUGUAUUUUUACGGCCUGGUGAUAUGACGUAAUUAUGAUAUAAACAAUAUCUUAAAUAAGUAUAGUGUUAAUUAUUGUGCUUUUAUAAAUUAAACGAAAUAAAAAAAUUAAAAAACGAUUACGGGCACAUAAGGUGAGCUCGAUAAAAGCAGUUUGACGCAACGGGAAAAUCCAUGGCUUGAAAGAGCCAAUCAAGUAGAACGAGAUUGACAUCCACAAAGCCGACGAACAAUAUAUUGUUUUUUAGACUUCAAGGGUUUCUAUUGAGUCAGAAUGAUUGGAGCAAUGCCAGCAGUGGCUGUGCGCCAUGAACGUAGGAGACAAGAGAAAAGGUUAAAACGACCGAGCCAGCUAUAUCUCGGCGGGCAAUGGCUGCCACCUCUUCAAGGUUCUCCACCAACUCCUAGUCCACAUGGGCAAAAUAGCCAUCUUGACCCUCUUCCUGAACUUUAUCUCUGUGGCAAGAUAUCGGGAUUACACGCAGUGGUAAUUUGCUUGCUGUUGGGCGCAAUAGUAUUGGUAGUUGGUCUAGUUCAACUAGCACCCGGAGCAACGACCACAGACCACAGACUUGUACUACUGAUAGCCGGUGCAGCCAUACUCCUAUUCGGAAUAAUUCUUGCUGGCGUAAGGUGUUAUGUUUUACACUGCAUGCCAUUGCCAGCGGAUUCACCGGUAGCAACACCAUUACCACCCCCAAGUGCAACAGAUCAAUCAUCUGUUGCCAAAGGUACUCUCGAUUUACUUGUAGGACACGAAAAUCCACCGGAAACGGAACAAAUGAUUCACCAUCAUCAUCAUCCUCAUCAUCAGCAACAACGUCAUCAUGCUAACAAUAAAGAAAAACGUACUUCCCAAAGUUCAGAACCUGAAAAAGCCUAAGUUACGUCAUUAAUUUAUCUAAUUUAAAUAAUUAUUUAUUACUAAUUAUUAUUGUUGUUGUUGUUGUUAUUAUUUACUUGUUUUUUUUUAUAUAAAAUAAUUCCUAAAAACUGCGAUGACGGGUAAAAUAUUAACAUAAAAAUUGUACUACAACUUUAUAAAUAUACCGCCAAAGCUUGUACUUGAGCUCUUAUGAUAUUCAAAUUCUACAAUUUAAAACUAAUGAAAUUAUUUCGAGUGUUCAAAAUAUAUAAAAAAUAGAAACGAAAAUAAUAACGAAUAACAAGAUAUUUAAAGGGAAGGAAAUGAUGAAAAAAAAAUAUAUAGCAGACUGGAUAAGUUUAAAUAAUAUAAAACGACAUCGCGUCGUUUCUUUUAACUUUUAUAACUUUCUAUACACCUAUAAUUAUAAAUAUAUAUGAAUAUAAAUAUAUAAACAUUAAAUAUGUUAUAUAUAUAUUUAUGUAUUCUCUGCAGAGUGUGGUAUUAUUUAAUUUGCACGUAUAUUGUGUAUAUUUGUGUGUAUUCUAAAUAUAUAAAUAUAUAUAUAUAAAUAUACAUAUAUUGAUGAGAGUUCAAAUAUAAUAAUAUUAAACUAUAUAAAUAAAUCAUAGUCGUGAUAAAAAAUUAUGUGCGCGUAAUUCAGAAAAAUAAAAUUAAAUUUUAAACAAAUCCUAAAUCAAACUUUUUUUUAUACUCAUUUUUUUUGUUAUUCGACUCGAUGUUCGAUUAACGAGACAGUAAUCGACAAUUUUUUAACACUUUUACGAUGUAUAAAGAUAAAAUAAACUAAUGCAAUUGAAAUAAAAUAAAUUUUUAAAUAUUUGUUUUCAAUAAACAUAUUUUUUGAAUUUGUUUAUUUCAGUUAAACACGUCUGUUAAACACAAGUUUAUUUAUAUAUUUUUAUUGCUAUCAAGUCCUUCUAUUUAAGGAGGUCCACUUGUACGUGAAUCAAUUGUCGUGACAUAAAAAAAUAAGAGCACUAAAAAUUACUUUUUUGAAAAAUAUUUAUUUAUUCAUUAUAUUUUCUAUUAGAAAAUAAAUCAUUUUUUAAAAGAAAGUAAUUUUGCUUCCGGGAAAAAAUACCCAUAUAUGUUUAUAUUAGUUUAUAUAUUUAGAUAUUGUGUAAAAAAAAAAAUUGGACCAAAAAGAUUCCAAAAAUGUUCGACAGAUUUGAACUUCAAGUUGAUCUUUUUUCUUAGUUGAACUUUUAGGACAAACGUAAAAAAAAUAGUGAUUUAGAACCUCAUGUAAACGAAUGAAAAGUCAGAUGAGAACGUUUUUGAAACAUGAUUUUUAAAACGUAUUUUUAUUACGUAUUUCUUUCAUUCGGAAAAAGUUCAAAAGUCUCUAAUUUGAAAUCCUUGUAGUAAAAAAUAAAAAAAGUGAAUAUAUGUUCUCAAAAUUAUGCUAUAAAGACGGUCUUAUUUGACACAAAAUUCACCCACAUAAAGUUCUAAACCAACUAUAUUUUUUUCUAUUAAAAUUGUAAAAGUUUGAAAAAAGUUCAAUUUGAAAUUCCAAUCGUCUCAAAUUUAAAAGUUCUAAGGUAAGAGACCUAGUACCCGAUCACUCAUGUAUUUGAAUAUCUAUAUUUAUUAAAUUUUACUAAAUAUAGAUAUACAAGCAUGGAGUGAUCGGGUACUAGUUACCUGAUCAGGUCUUUUACCUAACAGGUCAAACUUUUUUGGAAUUACUUUGGAACGAAUUUUGUUUUACAUGGACUGAUCAGAUAAACGGAGAAAAUGUAGUUGUUUUAACAGCAGCUGUAGUUGAGGUUACUACAAGUUAGAGUAAAGAAAUGCCAACUCCAACUUGGAAUAACCUCAAUCACGCGUGUAGUAACACCAACUACAGUCGUCAAUGAUUACUACAAUAUUGUGGUUGGAAGAACCAUAUUUUUUUCCGUGUAUGGUUAUAUGUGAUCACACAUAAUCAGAUUUAUGCACAUAUGAUCAUGUAUCAUAUAGUGGUCCCAACGAAAGCUUGGGAUUUUUUUCUCACCAGUCUCUUCCCCCACCAUCAUUAUAUUAGAAUAAGCGCAUGCGUCAUUCAAUGUGCGCAUGUGCCAAACCAACAUUUAAAGGGUGGGGGAAGAAACCGUGGUGGGAAAAAAUCCCAAGCUUUCAUCGAGAUGACUAUACAUGAUAACAAGCAUGAUCUUAUAUGAUAUUAGUCAGCUGUACUGUUCAAUUUAUCGAAUUAAUUUUAUGUUUCAUAAAUAUUUAUAUUCAUUUUUUCUAACCUCUAAUCGCUAAUUCUUCAUUUUAUCCAAAAGAUCGCGGUAUCUUGAUUUUGAAUAAUCAUAAAAUUUAUAUUUAAAAAACACACAGAACGUUAAUUGAAAUUUUGUAAUCUCAUAAUAACUACCCAUAAAUUUUUUCUUUUAUUCAAUCUACUACUUUUCUUCCAAAUGUACCUGAAGAUCGGAACGUUAGUCGCGCAACGAAAAUGAAAAAAAUUUAUGUAAUUUUACUGCUUAGAGAUGACUUGAGGGGUAAUUGGGGGUGGCUGUAAUUUUCGGCUGAUAUAUUAGCACCUAUACAAAAAAUUUCAAAAAUAAGUCCAGUAGAUUUUUGACUUUUUAUUUUCGUUCGGCGAAAAACGUUCCGAUCUUCAGGUACAUUCUACCAACACGCACAGCGGGCUUCCUUAAAUUCAAUAGCCAGUUAAAUAAUAAAAUAAAAUUAACAUAAAUAAAAUAUAUAACGAUGAAAUUAAAGUAGUACAUCGAUUAUAAAACAUAAAUAUAAAUUUAAUCUACAUUAUUAGUAUUAUAUUUAAAUAUAUGUAUAUUUUAAUCAUUAAAUUUACGUAUUUAACAAAAAUAUUUUUAAAAAAUCUUCCAUAUAUUUCUUCACCUUUGAAAUACGUUCGACUACUAUUUGGGUCCACUUUAACUUAUAUAAUGAUAAAAAUAAAAUAUUAAAAAAAAAAAAAUGUUAUAUCGAUGUUAGAAUUUAUCGCAGUGAAAAUUUAUCAAUUAAAUUUCAUUUUAAUUCGUAAGAAUAAGAAAAAAUAAAUUAUGGAACCACCGUUUGCUAUAUUUAUUGAUAAAAAAAUGCAUCAUUUAAAUUAAAUUUAAUAUAAAAUAGAGAUGAUUUAUUCAAUCGAACAAAAAUAAAUCGUACUUACUUAUAUAGAGAUUCUUCUCUAUUGACAGUAAUAUUAAUACGAAAUAACAUCACGUAGUUUCCAUUGACGUAAAUGACGUCAAUAUAUUUGUAUAACAAUAUAUAUAUUGGAUAGAAAAUUUAAUAUACUUAUUAUUAUAAUUAUGAUGACGAUAAUAACAAAAUACGCUACCGCAUAUGCAAAUAGCAAAGGAUAUUAAUUACUAUAAAUUAAAAUGUCAUUAAAACAAAUUGUCAUAAAAAAUAAAUUCAAAUUUAAUUAGUAAAUUUUCACUGUUAAAUUAAUAAUUAUUUUAUUGUAAUAAUUAUAGUGAGGGGAUUGAGAUAAAUCUUAUAAAAAUUAUUGAUCGUAUUAAGCAGUGAUAUAAAAUAUAAAGACAUAAUUAUAUGCAAAAAUAAUUAAUAAAUUACUGUUAAUUAAAUAUAAAUAUAUAAUAAUUAAAAAAAUAGUUAAUUCUCUAUAAUAUGAGCACCAAUUAACUUUAAUAAUUUUGAAAAAAAAUCUAUCAACGCAAGCUGAAUUACAGAUUAUUAUUAAAUAUGUAUAAAUAAAUAAAAAUAUGUAUAUUGUUGAAGCUUGCUACGCCAUUGUGUAAUUAUUAAAAGUUGUUCUGAGAAUCACAACUUAUCUUUUUUUUACAACAUUUUUAACGCUUUAAGCUCAACUGUGGAUAAUAUUUAAAUAAAAAAGACCAAGUAUUAUGAAUGAAAUUAUUAAAAUUCCUAUAUUUAUUUAUUUAUAUAAAUUUAACGUUUGUUAAAAUUUGAUAACAUGGAAAAAUGUCUUAAUUAUUUUUUAAUUCAUAACGUUUGUAAAAUGCAAUACUUCGAUUUUACGAAACUGCGUUAGAGUUUGACGAUUAUUAAAAAAACGUCUCUUAAUUAUUUAUUACUUGAGAUAUUUUUUUUAUAUUGCGCUUUGUGAAUUAAGUAUGACAUAAGAUUCUUCCACUUGAAAAAUGUUUUAAAAUUGAUAACACUAGAUUAUUUAAAAUAGUAGGGGAGAAUGGGGUACGGCGGGAUCUCUAAGAGAAUAAUUAAUUCUUGUAGCUUUCUAGCUCCAAACGCCAUUUUUUUUUACUUUUUGCGAACAAAUUUUUCAUCCUUUUACGAUAAAUUAAAUAAAAAAAUUUUUUUUUUGUAACGUCGGACUACUUUCCCGAUAAAAAUUUGAGUUGAUAAUUAUUUUCUGUCAAUUUCAGUUAGUGUUCAUACUUUUGUUUCAUAUAUAUUUAAGGAAUCUAUUAAAUUUCUAAAUGUUUUUCAUGCCCCUGGUUUGCCUCAAGUAUUUUUUAUCAUUUAAAAAUUCAUAAUAUUUACAAAAUAGACAAAAAAAAAUUUUUUAUUAAAUUUAAAAGUGUCCCGGGUCAAAGUAAUGACUUGAUGUUGAAUUUUUUGACUUAUUGGACUUGCUUUUGACUUAAUUAACUUAAUUUUGGUUUCACUUACUUAUUUUUAACUUCAACAUGACAUCAUUAACUUAAAAAUUCAAGUCAGCCAUCAAAUUAAAGUCUCGUUGACUUGGAGUUGACUUCAAAAUUUAAGUCAACUGUCAAAUCAAAGUCACGUUGACUUCGGUUCGACUUAAAAAUUUAAGUCAACGGUAAAAUCAAAGUCACGUUGACUUGAAUUUGAUUUAAAUGACUUAAAUUUAAGUCAACUCAGUCGAAUCCAAGACGACGUGACUUAGAUUUGAUUCAAAUGAGUUAAAAAUUUAAGUCAACCGUCAAAUUAAAGUCACGUUGACUAGGGGUUGACUUAAAAAUUUAAGUCAGCCGACAAAUUAAAGUCACGUUGACUUGGGCUUGACUCAAAAAUAUUAGUCAGCCGACAAAUUAAAGUCACGUUGACUCGGGGUUGGCUACAAAAUUUAAGUCAACCGUCAAAUUAAACUCACGUUGACGUGAAUUUGAUUUAAAUGACUUAAUUUUAAGUCAACUGAAUCUGAUCCACGACAACGUGACCUUAAUUUUACUUGGUUGGCAUAAAUCAGUACUAAAUAAGACAAUUUAGUCAAAAACAAGUCAAAACCGAAUGUGUUUUCAUAUCUUGAAAUAUGUAAAUCAAGCUAAAAUCAAGUUAUUUUUUUGACCAGGGGUCCCAUCAUGCCGUGGUCUCCUCUAUUUACUCAUAAGUUUCUUAGAUAAAAUAAUUGCAAUUACUUCCAUUACUGCUAUAUCUUCCAGAAUAAAUUGCGUUAAAUUAUAACAUUAUCAGUUAUUUUGCUAUAAAUUUAUUAUUCUUAUAAUCUAGUAUAUGAACUAAUUUAAGUUAUAUCUUCGUCAAAUACCAAUAUUUUUUAUAUUUUAUUUAUUAAAUAAAUUAUAUUUUUAAAAAUCUAUAUUGUGUAACUUACGGCGACGAUUAAAAAAAUAUAUUAUUUAAAAGACUGGGCUGAAAAAGCUGUAAAUUUUAAUGCCAACUCUCGUUGCACAAUAAAAUUACUUAAUUAUUUUUAAAAGUACGUUAUUGAUAUAAACGUACUACUACAAAAUUAACAAUUGUAUUAUUGUACUGUAAUUAUUUAUUAUUAAUUUUGCAUUAACAAAUUUAUAUGUACAAAUUACAAAAUAAUAUUUUAAUAUUUUAUACUCUUUAUUAUUUAUUGUGGAAAAUGUUUUUAUUUAAUAAAUGGAAUUUCAAUUGUAACUCAUGAUAUUUACAUUGCAUUCAUUUACAUAAUUGAAUGCAUACUAAAAAUUAAAUUAAAGAAAAAGGCCCAUUUAUUGACACCAUACGUAUCGUAGACAUCAUUUAUUUAUUUAUUAUAUUUUAUAUUAAUGAAUAAAUGAUUUUUUUGACAGAUCUCAUUAAUUGAUAUUUUUAUCAAUUUCUUAGUCGACUAUGUGAUUAAUUUCCCAAAUUUUUUUAAUAGAUAUAAAACAUAAAUCAUCAGUCAGAUAUACUUAUUAUGAGCAUAUUCCUUAAUUAUAUGGAAUUCUUAGUUUUCGAACUGUUUUCUAAAACAUGAAAUUUUUUUUUUUGUCGCCCAAUUGUUACUAUUAUGGGCUAUAAAUUUAUUUUCUAGACAAGAAAAAAAGUAAACGUGGUAUGUAAAAAAUUGUUUGCAAUCUAGAAGAAAAGCCAAAAUUUUAUUAAUUAAAGAAAAAAAAAUUCUUGAUUUCAAAUAAUUUUCUUGAACGAAGAAAUUUUUGACUUUUUGUCCGAAUUACAAAAAAUAUUCUUGGGCCACAAAAAUAUUUCUUGAGCCAAGUUCUCGAUUUUGUCUGCAUAAGGUUUCUUAUUAAAAAAAAAAAAUUUCAUACAUAAACCAAUUUAGUCAAAACUAUUUUCAGACAAUUUACUUAUCACAAAUAAAUUUAUUUGAUAGAACUAAAUAAAUCGUUUAUUUGAGAAACCCCUUAAGUCAAGUGAACAAAAUUUGUCAGGAAACACAAAAAACAUUUUUCUGGAAAAACUUGACAUUAACAUAAUAAUGAAAUAAUUGAAGACAAUAAUGUUAGCGUCUCUGAAAAAGAUUCAAAUAAGAAAAAUUCAAUUUUGUAAUUGAAACUACUUGAAAAAAUUAUUUGAAAUCCAUUUCCAAAAAAGCGCGAAUUUUAAAUAAAAAAAAAAAAAAAUUAUUUCUGUAAAAUUAAAACUGCACAUGUUUAUAUGAGAAACCCGAUAAGUCAAUGACUUAUGGGGUUUCUCAAUUAAAAGAAAUUGCUGUCACCCCGUUAAUUUUUUUUUUAAACGCUGAUUUGAUGCAUAUUUUUAUUGAUUUCUAUAUGGGAACAUCCAAAGAACCUAAAAAUGCAAAAAACCCAAUUUCGAAAAAAACAUGACUUAUGGGGUAUCUCAAAUAAACGAUUCAAAUGUGGUAUUCAAGAAAAAUAUUAAACUUAUUAAUAAAAAUUUAAUUUGCUUUUGAGUUAUGAAAAUUGAAUUGGCAACCCGGGAAAAAAUUAUCAAGAAUGACCACAUGUCGUUUCAUUAAUGCCCAUAAUCUGCACAGAAAUAUGGAAAAAAUCCAUGUAAAAUUUGUAACGUUUUUAUCUUUCAUCUAAAUAUAUACACACAUAUGAUUAUAUAUUCUGACAAAUAUUCCAAAUACAUACCAUGUUAUUAAUGUCCAAAUUUUUGAAAAGUUGACUAAUUAUUUAUUUUUUUUUGCGUGCAUAUAUGUACUUAUAUCUUAUAUUUAUUUACUGCAUGUACAUAUAUGUCGUCACAGACUAUGAUCAUAAAAAAUUUGGGAAAUGUAUGUAAGAAUAUAAUACGAACUUAGAUGAUCAUAAAUGGUCAAUAAUUGGGUCUGUUACCUUUAAAAAUUAUUUUGAAAUUGAGAUUCAAAAUUAUUGUCAUAUGCUUGUAAUUAAAUUGUAUGGAAAGUGUGUUAAUUAAAAAGUGGUAACAGAAAUGCAAAUAAAAUUAGUAUAUGCAUUCAACUUUGAUAAAUAAGUGUUUAGUAAAUACUAAAAUAAUUACGAUGAAAUAAUAAGUUGAAAAUAAAAAAUUGAAAGUUAUUAUAAAAGUGAUGAACUGAAGCCUUUCCAUUAAUUUAUUUUAAAAAAUCAUAAAUAUUUAAACGUAACUGUUUAAUAAUAACAAUCGUCAUUUUAAAAUAUUGUUGCUGAUAAAUAAUAAAUUAGCAUUUUAGAUAAUAAUUGUAGAAGAAUGAUAAAUAAAAUAAAAAUAAGAUUAAAUAAAAAAUAUAAAUAAUUAAAUAAUGCGAUCUUUUUAACAUCUGAAAGUCUAAUUUUUUAUAUGUGUAAAAUUUUAAAAACUGUUCUGCAAUUUUUUCUAUGAAAUUAUAAAUUUCGUCGUAAAAUCAGCGGUUAUUAAAAUAAUAAUAAUGAUAAUGAUAAAUUAAAUUAAACUAAAUUAAAUGAUAAUAAAAGCAUAAAUUUUAAAUAUCAGCAAGACAUUUUUAUUAAUAAAAAAAAUUGUAUUUAUAAUUUUUUAUAGCGAACCAAAAACAAAGACAUGCAUUUAAAAUCUAAAUUUUAAUAGUAGUUUAUCUAACUAGUGCGAUCGUGUUUAAGACGCGAGGUGUGAAGACACACGAGUCUUAGACUCGAUUGCAUUAGAUAAAUACAUUAGUUUUUGUGACAGAUAUUUGAACCCUGAUUGAACAACUGGAUUCGACCGAAUUAAAAAUUUGAAUUCUGUUAUAUUCUGUCGAAUUCUGCAAAACAGAAUUCAACUGAAUUGAAAAUUUGAAUUUGAAUUAAACAGAAUAAAACCGAUUUAAAAAUUUCAAAUUCGUUUUAAUUCGGAUUCAGAACCAGAAAUUGGAGAAUUAUUUUCGAAUUAAUCAGAAUUAAACCGAAUAUAAUUAUUUAAAUUCGUUUUAAUUUGGACAAAUUAUGGAUUUCCUGCCGAAUUAGACAGAAUUCAUACUUAAGUUAGCUACCGAAUUAACAGAAUUUAUCUGAAUUAAAUAGAAUUAAAAUUUUAAUUCUGUCAUAUUCUGUCAAAUUCUGCAAAACAGAAUUCAACUGAAUUGAAAAUUUGAAUUUGAAUUAAACAGAAUAAAACCGAUAUAAAAAUUUCAAAUUCUUUUUAAUUCAGUUCAAUUCGGAUUCAGAACUAGAAAUUGGAGAAUUAUUUUCGAAUUAAUCAGAAUUAAACCGAAUAAAAUUAUUUAAAUUCGUUUUAAUUUGGACAAAUUCUGGUUUUCCUGCCGAAUUAGACAGAAUAAAUUUUUAAGUUAAGUACCGAAUUAACAGAAUUUAUCUGAAUUAAAUAGAAUUAAAAAUUUAAUUCUGUUUAAUUCGAUCGAAUUCAGUUGUUUAAUCAGGGAAAUGUACUACAUUUAGUGCCUAUAAAUGGCAGGUUAUAACCCGCAUUUAUUUAUUUGGUAAGAUUGUUUUGAGUAUUUGUUGAAAAUAAGAGAGAAGCCGGUAAGUGUAUUAAUUAAUAUGAUGAUAAAUUUUGUCACAAGGUGGCUCGUUAAGUUACUUCGAUAUUUUUUGGCCGUUUGCAAUCGCACAUGUAACCAAAAAAUAUUUUUUGAUCCGUUGAUGACGUCACUAUUAGAACGAUUAGGUAUCUUUUUUACCAGCUGUAUCUUAUCUAAUAUUUUUUUUAACUGCCGGCUAUAGGCGCUAAAUAUCGUACAUUUCAAGUGUGUCACAAAAAAUAUAUUAUUAUGUUAUUUAUUUAUCAUACAUUAUGCUGAAAAAAAACCAUUCACAUACGCACAGCUAUUUAUUAAAUUUAAACACGAUAAAUUUUUUCAUUAUCUUUAAUUAAAGGUGUGCGAAUAGUUUUUAAAUCGAAUCUAAUCAAUAUUAUCAUUCGAUUAAUAAUUCGAAUCGAAUAAUUUGAAAAAUUCAAAUUAUUCAUCAGUUUUAAAAAUAUUCGUGAGUUUUCAAAUUCACGGUAUCUGUAAAUUUUUAAAUUCGAACGUUCAGUUUAAAUUUAAAUUUUUUUAUUCACACAAAAUAAAUCCAAAAAAAAAAUUGUCAAAUAAUUUGGAUUUGUCGUCUAAUUUGAAACUCAAAUAAUUCAAAUUUUUCAAAUCAUUUGAUUCGACACGAAUAUUUCGUAAGUUCGACUUAUUCUCACAUUUCUAUUCUUUCGUGCCCUUAUGAAAAUAUAUAUACAGAAGAAAAAUAAAUAUAACAUGUGCAUAGGUUUGUAUCUAUAAAUAUGUUAAAUAAAUAAAUUAAGUACAUAUAUAUAUUUAUCAUCUGAAAUUACAUAAAUUCAACAUCUAUGUUGACAUUUAUAUAUCAUAUAUGUAAAAUAUAUAUUUAUGUGCGAAAACUUGUCACAUAUAUAUUGCAUAGAUUUUUUGCUUAUAUAUAUUUCCAUAAGGGAAUAUAUUUAUAGUGUCAUAAAUAUUAACAAUGUGAUGUUUUUAUUGCUAAUAAAUGAUGUAAAAUAAAUAAAUUG